AGUUAGAGAUAUGAUAACUUAAUAGCAACAACUCAAGUACACAAAGAAGCUCAAUGUUUAGAUAUUCCAAAGUAGUAUAAAUAGUUAAAAACUCCCAACAACAUCACCUUUUUCACUUUCCAAAAAUUCCCCUAAACCCCUAUCCUCCUACAACGGACACACUCAAAAACCUCCGACCACCUUAGAAACCCCUCCGACCAAACUCCGGCCACCAUGCCAUUCAUCCUCCUCCCUCCUCCACCUUUCCCUUCCCUUCUCCACCACCAUACCCCACCCCCCCUCCACUUCAAACCCCUCCCUUCCCUCCACCUCAAGCACCCCACCCACCCCACCACCACCACCAUCUCCGCCAUUGGCCCCGACGGAAAAUACUACCCAAGCCCCUCCGACGAUGACCCACCAGAAGCCCUAGAAGAUUCAAUGCACGGUGUAAACAAGUUCCAACAAAUACAACGCCAAGCAGCUAAAGCAAGAAAACAACAAGAAGAGCUUUUCAAGAAAGAGCAAUCAAUCUUCGUUAACGCGUUAGCUGACGUUGAAGAUGCGUCGGACAAUGCACAUGACACUGAUACUGGUGAUGAUUUGUUUGGUGAUAUUGAUAAAGCUAUUGCUUUGAAAAGAAAAGAGUUUGUUAAACAAGGGCUAUUAAAGCCUAACCCGAAAAAGGCGCCUUUAGUUGAGGGGAUUGAUGAGCUGUUGCCUGAAGAAGUUGUUGAUUUGGAGGAGAUUAAUGAGUUAACGGGGUUGACUGAAGUAUCUGAAGGUGAAGAAAGUGAGGAAGAAGAAGAAAGGGGUGAUUUUGAGGCGAGGGAGGAUGUGGUUAAAGGAGGAUUAUCGGGUUUUGAUGAGUUUGAUAUUGAUUUUGAUGAGUAUGGUAAAGUGAAGCCAAGAAUUGUGGAGCCUAUGUUUAGGAUGAGUUUAGCUGAGCUUUUGGAUGAGAGUAGGGUGGUUCCGAUAUCGGUGUAUGGUGAUUUAGAGGUGGAUAUUAGUGGGAUACAGCAUGAUUCGCGGUUGGUUGAGAGUGGUGAUCUGUUUGUGUGUUGUGUUGGGAGGAAAACGGAUGGACAUUUGUAUUUAAGUGAGGUUGAUAAGAGAGGUGCUGUUGCUGUUGUAGCUAGUAAAGAGAUUGAUAUUGAGGAGACUUUGGGGUGUAAAGCAUUGGUUAUUGUGGAGGAUACGAAUGCAGUGCUUGCUGUGUUAGCUGCUUCGUUUUAUAGGCAUCCGUCUAAGAGUAUGUCCGUGAUUGGGAUUACGGGGACUAAUGGGAAGACUACGACUUCUUAUUUGGUGAAGGCGAUGUAUGGAGCAAUGGGGUUGAGGACAGGGAUGUUGAGUACAGUAGGGUAUUAUAUUUACGGGGAUAAUAAGUUAGACUCCCCGAAUACGACCCCUGAUGCAGUUUUGGUUCAGAAAUUGAUGGCAAAGAUGGUUCAUAAUGGGACUGAGGCUAUGGUAAUGGAGGCUUCUUCUCAUGGAUUGGCGUUAGGGCGGUGUGAUGAGGUUGAUUUUGAUAUUGCAGUUUUUACUAACUUGACGCGAGAUCAUUUAGAUUUUCAUGGGACUGAGGAGGAGUAUAGGGAUACUAAGGCUAAGCUGUUUGGUAGGAUGGUGGAUCCUGCACGUCACCGCAAGAUUGUGAAUAUUGAUGACCCUAAUGCAGCUUUCUUUAUAGCACAAGGGAACCCGGAUGUGCCUGUUGUUACUUUUGCAAUGGAGAAUAAGAGCGCCGACGUUCAUCCCUUAAAGUUUCAGUUAUCUCUCUUUGAGACUCAAGUGUUGGUCAACACACCUCAAGGCAUAUUGGAAAUAUCUUCUGGCUUGCUUGGAAGGCAUAACAUCUAUAACAUUCUUGCGGCAGUCGCUGUUGGAAUUGCAGUUGGGGCACCCUUGGAGGACAUUGUCAAAGGUAUUGAAGAGGUUGAUGCAGUCCCUGGUCGAUGUGAACUGAUAGAUGAGGAACAGGCUUUCGGAGUAGUUGUGGAUUAUGCUCAUACCCCUGAUGCUUUAUCUAGACUACUUGAUUACGUGAGAGAGCUUGGCCCAAGGAGGGUUAUAACCGUUUUUGGUUGUGCUGGUGAAACCGACAGGGGGAAGAGGCCCAUAAUGGCAAAGAUAGCAACAGAGAAAAGUGAUGUGACAAUUCUGACAUCCGACAAUCCAAAGACCGAGGAUCCUUUGGACAUCUUGGAUGAUAUGUUGGCUGGUGUAGGAUGGACAAUGCAGGACUACUUGAAAUACGGAGAGAAUGAUUAUUACCCCCCUCUCCCCAAUGGCCAUAGACUUUUCCUACAUGAUAUCAGACGUGUGGCUGUGCGCUGUGCCGUUGCCAUGGGUGAGGAGGGUGAUAUAGUUGUGGUUGCUGGCAAAGGCCAUGAAACAUACAAUAUAGAAGGUGACAAGAAGGAAUUCUUUGAUGAUCGAGAGGAAUGUAGAGAAGCUUUACAGUAUGUAGAUGAACUUCACCAAGCUGGAAUUGACACAAGUGAAUUCCCAUGGCGGUUACCAGAGAGUCACUAAUACGAUGCCAUAGAGUCUAUGUUAAGAUCUUGACAGAGCGCUGACAGCAGAUAGCCAUUGUGGAGUGCCCAUUAAACUCGAAUCAACAUUAUGGACCCUUUGCCGCCAUUACAUGUUGGUGAUUUUCUAGACAAAACGGCAACAUGUUGUCCAAAAGCAAAGUUCAGUUUUGUAAGGAACCUAUAGCUCGAUCUUGACUGGGAUCUCCAUAUCUAGAUUGAGAUUCACCAAGGGCUUCUCGGCUCUCCAACCCUUCACUAAAUUAUGUUUGUAUAGGAAAGUACAUAAGAGAUAAAGAGCAAUUGUUGAGUUGAGAUGCUGUUUCUGUUGUUUCAGAUUAGGAUUUCCUGUAAUAGUGGAAGGUCAGCAACAAUAUGAUCAAAAAGUGGAUUAAUAUUUAGACAAAGCCAA